CCUGGGUGGAACGAAUUGGGGAGCAGAAGCCAUCCUCUUGCGACUAACUGAUCGCGUCGAAAUGUCUGUUCCUAUUUUUGGCAUUGUGUUUUUAAGCAUUAAUUUUAAAUUAAAAAUUUUUUAUUGGCUUGGUUUUUCUCUACAUUUUUACUUUAACUUACUUAGAUUUUUUCAGAUAUUUAUCAAAAAUUAAAAUGGGAGAUGUGCGUAUGAUACUUGAAUUUUUUCACAGCCAUGUUCCUCAACUUCAGCUUACACGUGAAUCACUUGAUAAUCCUCAGACCGAUCAAUUAAUACAAGCUUAUAACUAUUUAUGUGGACUUGUACUUGAAAAUAUGAAUUGUGAAAUGGCAGACAAUAAUGUUGACCAAGUAUUAGCUCGACCAAAUUUAGUAAUUAAAACUAGAGAAUCUGUAAAUUUGGUUUUCGAAAGUAUUUUCAAUGGGAAUGAUGAAUUUUGCUAUACAGAUUUACUCCAACCUGAUCCACGCAGAACCAGGCAUUUUCUGGUCACUUUAAUUCGUUUCUACUGUUUUAAAUGUGAAAUGUCAACAGAAGUUGUGAAUAUUGAAAAUGAACUUGAAGCUCAAUGUCGUACUUACAAGCUUGAAAAGGAUUUUGCUUCGAAAACAGAAGCGGAUAUAAAUAAUGAAAAGAAACGAUUGAAUGCUCUUGAAGAAGAAAAACAUUUAAUAGAAAGCCAGGAUCUGAAAACUCAACAAGAAUUGAUGACAAAAAGGGCAUUAAUUGCUACAGAAAAAAAGAAGUGUGAAGAAGUUCAAAAGCGUUUAAAGGAGUUGGAAGCCGAAAUUGAAACGUACAAAGGAAAAGGUUUUCAAAUAGAAGAUACGCUUAAAAGAUUGGAUUUGAACAUUGUUACUUCACCAGAACUUCUUAUUGAAGAAUUGAAAAAAUUGGAAAAAAAUCGAUUAGAUGUGGAAAAGAAGUUGGAGGAUACCCAAAAAACUAAGCGAAAAACUGAAUAUGAAGUGGCUGAAAUACUCGCAAUGGGGCAACGAAUUGAUGCUCUUGGAGAGGAUUUGGAAAAGUUGGAAGAAUUUAAACGAAAAAUGCCUGAAAUGAGAGGAAAUGAAGAUAAAAUAAUUCAAGAAGUUAAUAAUCUCGAGAAAGAAAAGAAUGAGAUGCGUAAUAAAUUGGAGCAUAUCAAUAAAGGAGCUGUUGAAGAACGCACAAACAUUAAAGAAAAAAUUCUGGCUACACGGAUCGAAGUGGAAGCAAUUAAUCAAAAAAUUAAAAAUUUGCAAAGUGAUGAAAAGGAGCUUUCCAAUCGUCUUUUUAAAAUAAAGGAAAAUAUUCGUGAAAAUAUGUCAAAAAAUGAGGAAAUGGAUCGAAAAUUUGUUUUGACAACGGAACGUUUUGAUGAAAUAAUUAGAAGUCGAUUAAAUGAUCUUAAAAUGUUGAAAAAGAAGGUUUGA